AAUGGAGGGCGAGAAUGGCUAGAGGCCCCCAGAGCGCAAGAGUGGCUAGGGACCAAUGGAGGGCGAGAAUGGCUGGAGACCCCCAGAGGGCGAGAGUGGCUGGAGACCCCCAGAGGGCGAGAGUGGCUGGAGACCAGAGGGCGAGAGCGGCUGGAGAUCGAGGGAGCGCAACAAUGGCUGGAAGCCUAUGUUGGACAAGUGUGGCUGGAUACUCCACGAGGGCAAGAGUGGCUGCGGACCCCAAGUGGGCGAGAGUGGUUGGAGACCAAUGGAGGGCAACAAUGGCUAGAGACCUCCAGAGGGCGAGAGUGGUUGAAGAUCAAUGGAAGACAACAACGGCUGCAGACCAGAGGACAAGAGUGGUUGCAGACCAUGAGAGGGCGACAGUGGCUGCAGACCAAGGCAGUGCGAGAGUGGCUGCAGACCGAGAGAGGGCAACAGUGGCUGCAUACCGAGAGAGGGCAAGAGUGGCUAGAUACUCCAGCAGGGCAAGAGUGGUUGGAUACUCCAGCAGGGCGAGAGUGGCCGCAGACUGUGGCUGGGCGAAAGUGGCUGGAUACUCCAGAAGGGCAACAGUGGCUGCGGACCCCGAAUGGCCUGCAAAGCCCGAGCGGGCGAGUGUGGCUGCGGACCCCGAAUGGCCUGUGGCUGAAAACAAGCAGCGCGCAAGAGUGGCUGCAGACAUGGCAAGGGCGAGAGUGGCUGCAGACACAGAGCGGGCGAGAGUGGCUACAGACGCCCCAUGGUCAAGCGUGGCAGAUGACUCCAGCAGCAUCUGUCUGGGUAACAAUGAAUGAAUUCUCGAGCACAUCGGAAGCCACCAGCGAGUACACAAUCGUCCCAGAAAUACCUUUACGAGCAGCUUUUCAAGUCAUCGAACAGUUCAAGAACUUGCCGGAUUUCUUGGGCUUUCCGGCAUUCCUGGCAUUUCAACCCCAAGAUCACUCCACACAUGCGUUCCAAGAAGAUCGUUAUUUACCAGACAUAGAGGUCAUCUAUGCUAUGACGGCAUUUGUAAUUUUUGCAAAAGAAGCCCGAGAACGCAGUCAAUCAGCCUCUGAUGCUCUGAAGUAUGCAUGUCAAAAUUGGGCCUUCCAUCUCUUGCGAGCUCUGAGUCCAUGGGAUGGCAGGCUCAACACCUUAUUCAAGCUCUUCUGGGAUCAUCAUUUGCUCGCCUGGCUCGAAAGGCAGUGGUGCUUGAAAGGCUUGCGGUCUUGCCUCCUUGUUUUAUCUGAAGGGCAGAAACUUGCAAAGGAACGCCUCUUCCAAGCCUCGGGGUCGUCUCAAUCAUGAGUCUGAAGCUGUCGAUCUUGUACAUCCUGUUACGCUGUCUUGUUGUCGCGCAUUGAUCAUCUUGAUACAGUGUUUUUAGCUCUCGUACGAAGUAUUUUUUCUCCGCUUCCAGCAGAUCCUCCGCAUCCAAGUCAUUAAUGAACGGGAGAAAUAAAUGUGUUUGGUUUCUCAUCCC